UCUUGUUCUUGUCUGCAUCCGAGUCAACCAUAAGCCUAGGUUACCUUCUACUUCCCAUAAGCCAGACCAAAACAGAGGAUUUUCCCACUCCUCUGUUUCGUUUCAGAGAGUUUGAAACCGAGGACGCUAACCAAAACUCAAAGCUGAGUAUUUUUGAAAAUGAAAUCGGAGACUUUGACGUUGGUUUUGGUGAAUCUCGCGGGAAUCAUGGAGCGGGCCGACGAGUCACUAUUGCCUGGGGUGUAUAAAGAGGUUGGUGUUGCUCUUCAUACAGACCCGACUGGGUUGGGCUCGUUGACUCUGUUCAGAUCCAUAGUUCAGUCGUCUUGCUACCCACUUGCGGCUUAUCUUGCUGUGCGUCACAACCGUGCUCAUGUCAUUGCUCUUGGUGCUUUUCUCUGGGCUGCCGCCACCUUCCUCGUUGCCUUUUCCUCCACUUUCUUGCAGGUCCCUGCUCUGUCCCUAUCUCUCUCUCUCUCUCUCUCAAAGUUUAUGUCUCUGUCUCUUUCUCGGUUUUUGUAUUUGGGUAUGAAUGUGGUUGUGUAUUGUUUUGUAAUGUCAGAUUUUAUGGGGGACAUCCUCGCAAAACGCUUACCGAAUUCUGGGAGAAUACUGCUGUCACAGAUAAGCUCUGGUUCAGCCAUUCCUUUUGCAGCUAUUUUGCUGCUUGUGUUGCCUGAUGACCCAUCCACAGCAUUCUCACAUGGUUUGGUCUUGUUCCUUAUGGGAUGCUUCGUAUCCUGGAAUGCUCCAGCAACUAACAAUCCAAUAUUUGCAGAGAUAGUCCCUGAGAAGUCCCGUACCUGCAUCUAUGCUCUCGAUCAAUCUUUCGAAUCCAUCUUGGCCUCCUUUGCUCCCCCACUAGUUGGGAUUUUGGCACAGCACGUUUAUGGUUAUAAACCAACCCGAAAAGGGUCACCAGAUUCUAUACAGAUUGAAACGGACAGAGAGAAUGCUAAAUCACUAGCCAAGGCACUGUACACAGCAACUGGCAUUCCAAUGACAAUUUGUUGCUUCAUUUACACUUUCCUCUACUGCACGUAUCCUAGAGACCGAGAACGGGCAAAAAUGACUGCUUUAAUAGAGUCAGAAAUACACCAGCUAGGGGCAGAAACAGAUACUACUUCACCAAGAAAAGAAUAUUCAGAAAUUCUCGUCUCAGAAUCAAAAGAGGUUGAUGAAAAGGAAAUGACUGAAAUUGGCAUGGAAUAUGGUGGUGACGAUGACAAGGACAUUGCUUUGGAUGAUAAUGAUAAGAAGUCUCUUCUUUCCUGAGAGUUGACACUUUCAGAUGUAGGAAAAUAACUAACCCGCAAAUUGAAAUAGAAGCAGGAUUAUAUUAAAAGCUUUAACCAAGAUCAAUAUCUUCUUCUAUUGGUUAAAGCUUAAGCAAGAUCAAUAUCUUCUUGAUCUUUACCACAUUUUAUUGCUCAUAGUUUUGUUUGGAAUAGCUUAAUAUGUUCCACGAAUUGGUAAAGAUUAAUGAGCAAUGUAUAACCCAUGUUUAUAAAUUUGUUAAUUUGUUUUGAUCUUA